CCGACGCCAUCGCCGAACCCGCGUCUCUCCGCCCGCACGCCCGCCCGCCCGCCUCUCUCUCCCUCGCCCGCCCGUGUGUGUGCUUCUGCGUUUCCUUUUUUUUUUUCUUCCUCGUGUGUGUGUUUCUGUGUCUCUUUCUCUUUCUUUCUCUCUCUCUUUCUCUUCUUUUUCUCUCGUUAUCUCUCUCUUUUUUCGUUUUUCUUGUGGGUUUGUUUCUCUCUCAUACACACCCUCUCGCUCUCUCUCCCUCUCUCUUCCUUUUUCGUUUUUCGUUUUCGAUUCGUUUUUAUCUCUCUCUCUCUCUCUCUCUCUCUCGGUCUCUUUUUUUUAUUCUUUUUCUCUCUCGUUUCAUUCUCUAUUGGAGGCGCACGAGAAGAAGACUCGCUGCCUUCUCUCUCUCUCUCUCACUCUCCUCUUUUCUCUCUCUCUCUCUCUCUCUCUCUCCUCUUUUCUCUCUCUCUCUCUCUUAUUCUCUCUCCCUCAUUCUCUCUUUGCGUUUUGUUUCUCCGGGGCCCCUUCCUGUCUUCGGAUUAUGCGUUGGGUGUGACGUGUGCGUGAGUGUGUGUGCGUGUGCGUGUGAGAGGAAGAUGUCGGUGCAGAAUUACGAGAAAAUCGAGAAAAUCGGCGAAGGAACCUAUGGCGUCGUGUACAAGGCUCAGGACCGGGCGAGCAAGAGGAUCGUGGCGCUCAAGAAAAUCCGCCUCGAGAAUGAAGCAGACGGAGUUCCCAGCACAGCUCUGAGAGAGAUAGCCUUACUCAAGGAACUCGACCAUGAUAAUAUCGUACGACUGCUGGAUGUGGUGUACGGGGACCACAAGUUGUACAUGGUGUUUGAGUAUCUGAAUCAGGAUCUGAAGAAGCUCUUUGAUGAAAGCCGUGGAGGAUUGCCGUUGGAUCUGGUGAGGAGUUAUAUGCAGCAGCUGUUACGAGGCAUUGCAUUCUGUCAUGCUAAUCGUAUCCUCCAUCGAGACCUGAAGCCACAAAACCUUCUUAUAGAUGCCAGAGGGUCAAUCAAGCUGGCAGAUUUUGGAUUAGCAAGAGCAUUCUGCCUGCCUUUGAGGGUGUACACACAUGAAGUUGUAACCUUGUGGUACCGUGCCCCGGAGAUUCUCCUCGGUGCCAAAAACUAUUGUACUGCAGUUGAUAUGUGGAGCCUGGGUGCCAUUUUUGCCGAGAUGUUGACAAGGAAAGCACUCUUCCCUGGCGAUUCAGAAAUAGACCAGCUGUUCCGCAUCUUCCGUACUCUGGGAACUCCUGGAGAGGAAGAUUGGCCAGGUGUGACCCAGCUCCCCGAUUAUAAGAGUUCCUUCCCACGGUGGGAGGUUGACGCUGAGAGUUCCAUAGCCCAGCUGGUUCCAUUGCUGAAUGAAGAGGGACGGUGCUUACUCUUGGCUAUGCUGAAAUAUGACCCACGGCAGCGAAUUACUGCAAAGUCGGCCCUCUAUCACCCAUUCUUCGAACCUCUCCCAUCUACUGGCCAAGUGCUAGUCCCACCAAAUCUUAGGUGAUCAGAAACAAGGCCUUCAAGAAUUUUUUUUUAAGGAAUUAUUAUGCAAAAAAAAAUGUUGCUUAUUAAUUUUUUUUAAUGUGUAUCAUUUGAAGAAUAUUGUAUAGGUUUACACUAUUCUUGCAUUUUGAUAUUUUGACUAUGUAUAAGUCUAGAGGUUUUGCGCAUCUACUGUGCUUUUUAUAUAGAAUACAAAUAGCUUUUUUACCCAAAGUUCUACAAAUCUUUCCUCUUUUUAUAUACUGAUAUUUGUAAAUAUACUAUAUAAGGUCCAAGCUUUUGUGCUUUUAUGUAUAGAAAGGAAAAUAUUAAUUUUACCAAAAGUUCCAGGAUCUUGUUUCAAGGAAGCGAGUAUAAAUUGCUAUUUUUGCAAAAAGUUUUCUUUUUUUUAUAUUAAAGAAUAUUAUGAAUUGAGAAAAUCAUGUAUUUUUCAAAUCUAUCAAGUCUGGCUGUGAAUAUUAGAAUAAGAAAUAAUAGAUUA